AUGGCCAACGGGGACGGCCUCUUCACCCGGCCACGUUCUCUCGGUCCGUUCUCCCUUAACGGCUCUGCGACUAAGCCCAACCUGCCACGCGGGGCAGCAGAGGCCUUCCGUGGCAUCCGUCCACCGAAUAUCUGCAGGCUUCCCAAGAACCCUGGGGAAGGGGACCGUUCCAUGCCCAUGUACCGCUACGACCCCUUCCGGAAGGCCUGCGAGAUCUUCGCCUACAAAGGGCAGAAGGGGAACCCGAACAGGUUUGCCACGCUGGUCAUGUCAGGAGACCUGCAGAGACCCAGCUGUGCCCUUCCAGCAGGAGAAGUGAGCGCCUGUGUUUCUGGGCCCCGGCCCCCUCGCUGCCCUGGGCCCCACCCAACCUUUCCAUCUGCUGGGCAGCCUCCUCGCCCACCCCCAAUGGCUUUGCUUAUUGCGCCUCCAGAUCUUUGCCAGCUGCCCAUGAAGGUCGGCCCCUGUGAAGCGCUCCUCCCCCGCUUCCACUAUGACGCCGCCCGCCAGAUGUGCACCAGGUUCUACUAUGGGGGCUGCCAGGGCAACCUGAACAACUUCGGCACCCGAGAGGGGUGCCUGCUGACCUGCAAAGGCCCAG